AUGGCGGCGGGAGGUCCCCUCAAGGAGCUCUUCCAGGAAGCCAUUUGCUCCAUCUGCCUGAACUUUUUCAGGGAUCCGGUCACCGUUGCGGAGUGCGGCCACAACUUCUGCCGAGCCUGCCUGACUCGAUACUGGGGGAAGUUGGGGGCCGAGGCUUCCUGCCCCCAAUGCAGAGGGAGAGCUCAGGAAGGGACCCUCUGGCCGAACCAGCAGCUGGCCAGCUUUGCGGAAAUAAUAAAGAAAAUCAGUCCUUUCGAAGGAAAGGGGGCAGGAGGAAAAUGGGGAGUCUGCGAGAAGCACCAGGAGCCCCUGGAAUACUUCUGUAAGGAGGAUGAAGCCCCCCUCUGCGCGGUCUGUGGCAGAUCCGAGGAGCAUGAAGACCAUGAGUUGAUUCCUCUGGAGGAGGCUUUCCAAGAAAAGAGGGUAAUUGUUGCUCCUAGAAAAGGGAGAGUUUGCCAGAAGCACCAGGAGCCGCUGAAGUUCUUCUGCAAGGAUGACAGAGCCCUCAUCUGUGUGGUCUGUGACCGAUCCAAGGAGCACAGAGAUCACGAAACCCUUCCUCUUGAGGAGGCUUCCCAAGAGUACAAGGAUCGGUUCUACAGCUGUCUGGAGAUUCUGAAGAAGGAGAGAGAGAGUAUUCUCGUGUAUAAAGGAGACGUUGUGCAGGAAAGCCAGGACCUGCUCAAGCAAACCACAGGAGAGAAGGAAGAGAUGGUAGCCAAGUUCAGGCAACUGCGCAUGUUUCUGGAUAAGCAAGAAAAACUUCUGCUGGCCCAGAUGGAAGAGGGGGAGAAGGAGGUAGCAGGGAAAAGGGACCAGCACCUGGCCAAACUCUCAGAGGAACUCUCCUCUCUUGAAAGUCUCAUCCAGGAAUUGGAGGAGAAGUGCCAGCUGCCAGCCGGUGAACUCUUCCUGCAGGAUGUCCGAAGCACUUUGCAGAGGUAUGAAGAAAAGAAGGUGUUUGAGAAUCCAGUGACUUUUCCUCCUGCACUGAAGCGGAGGAUCUUGGGCUUCAGUGACAUCAGUGUCUUGUUGGAGGGUGUCAUGAAGGAGAUGAAAGAUGCUCUGGAUUCUGGAGUUCACCAGCAGAAAGCAAAGGUGACUCUGGAUCCGGACACAGCCUAUCCCCAACUCAUCCUGUCUGAGGAUCGGAAAAGCGUGAGAUGUGGAGAAAAAAUUAAACCUCUGCUCAACUUUCCUGAGAGAUUUGACCUCUUUGGUGCUGUUCUGGGCUAUGAGGGAUUCACAGCAGGCUUCCAUUUCUGGGAUAUCCUUGUGGGAAGCGAGGGAGAAUGGAUUGUGGGGGUUGCCAGAAAGUCUGUGAGGAGGAAGGGGGUGUUCGCCUUUAGUCCCGAGGCGGGGAUCUGGGAGGUGGGGAAGUGGGAUGGCCACUAAAGAGCUUCUGGAAAAGGCCUUUAUCUUCCCCUGACUGUGAGUGGGGAGCUCAAGAAGAUCCGAGUCUGUCUGAACUACGCUGGGGGGCGAGUGGCCUUUUUCGACGCUGACAGAGCAGACCUUCUCUGCGAGUUCUCUGGGGCCUCCUUCUCUGGAGAGGCUAUCCUGCCCUUAUUUUUGGUGAAUGUUAAAGGACACCUCCAACUCUCUUCUUAA